UCGAGGCAGCUGCUCUCUGCAGGUUUGAUGCCCCAUUCAAAGACUGGUUGCUUGCGCUGAAAAUGACCCUGCCUCUCCGCCGUGCAGGAAUGGCCACCACUGGGAACCUUUCUGAAGAGCAGGUGCACUGCUCUAUCUGUCUGGACGUCUUCACCAACCCAGUUUCUAUUCCCUGUGGUCACAAUUUCUGCCAGAGUUGCAUCCUAGGAUACUGGAAAACCAGCCCUUUGUAUCAGUGUCCCAUGUGCAAAAAGUCCUUCUACAAAAGGCCUGAUAUCAGUGUGAACACUGUCUUGAGGGAAAUUGCAGAGCAGUUCAAGCAGAUCAGGGUUAAGAGCAUUGAGGGGAAGGGAAGCGGGGAGGAAGAAGAGGGGAAAACCAAGAAGUGGACAAUGGAGAGAAGGAAAAAAGAGGAUGAGGAAAGGCUUUUGGAGAAAGAUCAGAAGCAGCAGCUUCUGGAGGAGCUGAAGCAAAAGCAAGAGGAGAAGAAGAAGAAAGAGGGGUUGAAGGAGAAACAUGGAGACGAGUUACCACCAUUAAUCCCUCCAUCCAAAACUUCUCCUCCACCGUCACCUCAAGCUGCAGCUCAGGCUCCACCGCCACUUCCCCAAACAUCACCACCACCCUCACCUCAAAUCCCCGCCUCUCCACUUCCUCAAACCUCACCUUCACCUUCGCCUUCUACCGCUUCACUCCCAACUCCAUCCUGGGAGGAGGUCCUGUGUGACGUCUGCUUGGGGGAAGGUCGGCCGAAAGCGGUCAAAUCUUGCCUCGUGUGUCUUACCUCCUACUGCGAGGAGCAUCUCAAAUCUCACACCGCCAGAUUCACCAAGCACAAGCUAAUGGAGCCUGUUGCCAACAUGGAGGACAGGAUGUGUCCAAAGCAUGAAAGGCUCCUGGAGCUGUUCUGUAAGAAAGAUCAGACUUGUGUGUGUGUUCUCUGCACUGAGACCGACCACAGGGCGCAUUACACUGUCCCUGUGGAGAGAGAAUGGACAGAGAAAAAGGCGCUGCUGAAAAGGACAGGAAUAGAUGUCCAGCAGAUGAUUCAGGACAGAGUGAAAAAGGUGGAGGAGAUGAAGCACUCUGUGGAGCUCAACAAAGCCAGUGCUAAAAGAGAGAUCGAGGAAAGCAUGCAGGUCUUCUCGGAGCUGGUUCGCUCCAUCCAGAAAACCCAGGCUGAGCUGGUUUUGGUCAUCGAGGAGAAGCAGAGGCAGACAGAGAGGUGGGCUGAAGGCCUAAUCACUGAACUGGACCAGGAAAUUGCUGAACUAAAGAAAAGAAACACAGAUUUGGAAAACGUAGCUCGGACUGACCACAUCAACUUCUUAAAGAGCUUCCCUGCCCUCAGUACUCCUCCUUCUGUAAAAGACUGGUCUGAGAUCAGUGUUCCCACUGACACGUGUGUCGGCCUGAUCAGGAGAUCUGUGUCCAAACUGGAAGCAACAUUAAGUGAAAUGAUUGAUAAACUGUCUGAAAGUGAAAUCAGACAACUUUUGAAAUAUUCAGUGGAUGUCACUCUGGACCCUGACACAGCCAACCCUUGGCUGCAGCUCUCGCAAGACAGACAUCAGGUGAGACAUCUGGGAGCCUGGCAGGACCUUCCAGACCAGCCUGAUCGCUUUGACACUGUGGUCAUAGUACUCGGCCGCGAGGGCUUCACUUCAGGCAGACACUACUGGGAGGUUCAGGUAGGGGACAAAGACGAUUGGUACCUUGGAGUGGCCAAGUCUUCAGUCAACAGAAAGGGCAGGAUCUCUGUCAGCACAACCCAAGGCUACUGGGCUCUGGCCAUGAAGAAAGGCCAAGAGUACAGGGUGUCAACAUCUCCACCAUUUCUACUUUCCCUUGACCCCAAGCCAAAGAGAAUUGGUGUCUAUGUGGACUUUGAGGAGGGCCAAGUUUCUUUUUAUGAUGUGAGAGCGCGGACCCAUAUUUAUACGUUUGAAGAUAACUUUACGGAGAAGAUUCUGCCCUUUUUCUACCUGUACUGCUGCGACAAAGCCUCAGAUACCAUGGUGAUCUGUCCUGUCAAUGAGAAAAGCCUGAUCAAGCAAAGUUAAGGACAUGAUUGACCAACAGAACACCAAAAUGCUAUGAAACAGACUGGAUUUGAUGCACUUAGAUCAUUUGGAAUUGUGGUUAUAUGUAUUUAUGUGUAGUUGCAUCCAAAUAUUUGGCUGUACAUAGUCAAAACGUAUUUCAAGGUGAUUAAGGGUAUGUCCACGGGGCACCGAAGCCGGUUCAGGUGUGAAAACGGUGGUGAAAACUAGGGGAAAGGCUUCAACAUCCCCACGACACAGCUGUAGUACAUACUACGCGUGUUCAUCACAUUGACGUCAUAUCCUCGAGUUGUGCGGCUUUAUACGCACAGUACCACAGACGGUAGAGGACUCAAACCUAUCCACUUUGGUACCUGGCUCAGACAUGGUCAGUUUCAUGGAGGCUAAUCCCUGGCUUCAUGGAGAUGAAAGGGUGGUUUGCUAAAAUAUUUUUGCGGUUUUGCUGCAGUCUGGCGUCGUGGGGACGGUCCCUAAGUCUGCUGAACAUAAACUGAUCUAGAAAGGGCAGAAAAUGAACGAAAAAGGUUAUUCUAUAAACAUUUUAAUCAAGAUUUGUGUAUUAUUGUUUUACUUUGUUCAACUGUUAAGAGAAAACAACAGAAAAGUUUUUAGCUUUCAGAGGCAAACAAGGUGAUUCAGAGCUUGACAGGGUUAUUUUUUUACGUCAGUCACAGGUCUGAUGCCCAGAGCUCUUAAAAAAUAUUAUAACUUAUACCCAGAAAGCAGGGAAAAACUAUAAGAAGUAAAAACAUUUAAGAUAAAGAGCAAUUCUGUGAGAAAACUUUUUCAGGAGUGCUCCGGAUCUCAAAAGGGGGUGAAGGUUGUAUAACUGGCGAGACCUGGAAAUGACUGCACACUGAUUUCCAUUCAGCAUGGUUGAAAUUCUGAUGUGACUUAAGGUGUUGCUUCAAGCAGACACAAAGUAAAACAGUCUGUUUUUGAAAAGGAGUGUUUUUGUCCUGCUAUUGAGGCAAAUUGUCAGUAGAGUGAAUCGAAGAAUACAUUUCAAAAUGUGUAUAAGCCAUAAAACAUGAAAGAAGCCUGAAUGCCUCUAAAAACUUCUACUUUACACUAAUACCUGCUGUAGCUGGUAAAUCUGUUUUAAAAUUCUUUUUAAAAAUGUUAAACAAACAGGAUGUGAGAUGUUAUUUAAUAAUUAGUUGGGGUGCUGUCAUAAUGCCAUCUGUUUCUACAUGUUUCCAGUCCUAAAAACAAACUAACAGGCUGUUGGCGUUCACUUCCAAUUUAUUGCACAGAGCAGCACUAAUAACAGCUCUGAGAGAUUCAUAAAUAAAUACAUAAGAAAGGUUUGUGUUCACUUAUCUGAGAUAAUUGCAUGUCGAUUUUUCGGUGUGACUGAUCUUUGAAAGGUUUAAAGUUGUAAGAGAAAAGUUUACAACAAUAAAUCUUAUUUUUAAAAAUGCUCAUAUAUAAUUUUUUGUUUUUUCUUUUGAGUUUUAUUUCAGGGGAAGUAUGUAACAUGACCACACUCACAAAAUACAAUGAGUUGGUCCAGUCUCACAGCAGUUAUUUAUAUAAAUUUUCCAUGAAGGACGCUCGGAUUAAAAAGGGUUACAACCUUUACUGCAACAUGAGAUACUUUGCAUGAGAAUAGAUUCUGAAUUCUACAGAAUUACAGAAAUGCAGGUGAGUUAUUAAAGAAAGUUGUGUUUUCUGCUUUUUUUCAGCUUUUGAAAUCAACAUCUGUAAGAGUGAUAGAGGAAUAUAAUGUGCAACCAGAUUGUGACUCAGUGUCUGAGUCUAAGUUGGUGUUUCAUAAAGAU